CCCUAGGUUGAUUUAACACUAGCACGCAAAAUGCGCCUAAGUACGCCCGUAAUUGUGGCCAUUUCAGGCUUCUGUAUCUUACUCUUAGCCCUACUUUGCUCAAGUGUGAUUUUUCCUGAACUGGAAAACUACUUAAUAAGUAAGGAAACCGCGUUCGUGGAAGGGAGCAAGACAUUUGAGACCUGGAAAAAAAUACCGUUCCCGUUCAAAUUAAAAAUUUAUUUUCUCAAUGUGACCAACGUUGAUGAUUUCCAAAUGGGGGCCAAACCAACUUUUAGGGAAAUAGGGCCCUAUGUUUACGACGAAUUUCGGGAACGCGAAGUUUUAGCAGUUAGUGAAGACAACGACACUGUUAGAUAUAAUCAGAAAAAGACCUAUUUUUUCAAUAGAGAGGACUCAGGGUGUCGGACGGAAGAAGAUGUAGUAACGAUAAUUAACACUGCCGCUGUGGGAAUCGCUCAUAAAAUUUAUAAACUCGCACCAGACGCGAUGGAUAUAGUAAACGAUGCUUUACCAUUCCUUUACCCUGGUAUAAAAAAUAUUUUUGUGACUAACACAGUCCGAAACAUUUUAUUCGACGGUGUUACAAUGUCUUGCGGAUCGGACGAAGUGGCAAUGAUUUGUGAUGGGUUAAAGAAACGACGUCCACCCAGCAUUCGACCAGCUGACAACAACAAGGACUAUUUGGUUGCAAUGUUCCAUCAUAUGAAUGGGUCCGUUGACGGUCCUUACGAGAUACAACGUGGGCUUAAAGACUCAAGCAAAGGUCAGGUGGUCGGUUUCAAAGACAACAACAUGUUGACGCUCUGGACCGGCGACUGCAACACAAUUCAAGGAACCGACCUCACCCUCAACCCAAACUUGAACGACUUGCCCCCGAAAAUAUAUUUUUUUGCAUCUGACUUCUGCCGCUCAUUUUCCGUAAAAUUCGACAAAGAGUUGGUUUAUUUGGGGCUUAAAAGUUACAAAUUCAAGAACAGUAAUUUAUUCCACAUUGAGAAAAAUUGUUUCUGUGACAAGAACCCCGAAAAUGAGGUGCCGGGAUGUACACCGGCUGGAACAAUGGAUGUGAGUCCUUGUACCGGAUCCUCGGUUGUACUCUCGCAGCCGCAUUUUCUAAACGCUGAAAAAUCGCUACUUGACUAUGCCCAAGGCCUCGCACCUAACGAAAAUAGGCAUGAAACCUUUAUCAUAAUGGAACCGAAAACCGGUUUGGCACUUGUCGUCAAAACACGGUUUCAAAUGAACGUUUAUUUACAGGAUUUUGAAGAUGUUGACCUAUUUGCAAAUGUUAGCGCCGGCUUUUUCCCAAUGCUUUGGCUCGAGAACGGCGCUGAGGUUCCCCACGAUAUCGUGGACGAGAUUCGCGAAAAUUUCAACAAACUGAUGGUUUUUGACGCGGUUAAGUACUUCCUGAUCGUGCUCGGGGCGAUUUUGUUAGCUGUUUCUAUUAUGCUAGCGAUGAGUCAAGACAAAGUGUGGUGUUUCACCAACAAAAAUAACUCAAUUGCUAGCGACAACCAAAUGGCGAAAAUUAUUAAUCUGAACGCAAAUGCUGCACUUGCCCGGAACUGGGAAAAUAUCAACAACGCCACUUGGAAAAUCGUGGAAUAGAGCACUUACCUUACAUAAGGUGUGACCUAGAUAGGAAAAAAGUGUAA